AUGGCGACUACCUCGACGAUUCGCUCCAUCAAAUCCGUCGUCCCUCUGCUGGAUCGCGUGCUGGUGCAGCGUUUCAAGCCCGAGACCAAGACGGCAUCCGGAUUGUUCCUUCCUUCCAGCUCUGCCAGCUCUCCAUUGCCCGAAGCUAGCGUGAUCGCUGCUGGACCUGGCGCGCCGGACAAGGAUGGUAAGCUGAUUCCAACCAGCGUCAAGAGCGGCGACAAGGUGCUGAUUCCUGGAUGGGGUGGAAACACUAUCAAGGUUGGAGAAGAUGAGUACCUGCUGAUUCGCGAAUCAGAAAUCCUUGCCAAAAUCACCGAGUAG